ACCACCCCAACACGCCAUGCAUAAACUAGUGCCAUCGUCCCUUUGGUCACCGGCCGUCUGUCUGUCUAAAAGCUCCUCGCCGCUCGCACCUGACAGGCAGGCAGCAGCGACGAUACGCCAUUGUCACACUCACACCACAACAAGGAUAGAUAUAUAGAUAGGCAGACCCACCAGCAGGCAGGGAGCAGCAACGAUACGCCGCCCAUGGCCGCCGCCGCCGCCGUGCCCCUCCUCCUUUUGCUGGCCGCCGCCGCCGCCUCCCCGGCGUCGGCGGCGGCUGGCGGCGGCAAGCAGACGCACAUCAAGCUGUACUGGCACGACGUGGUGAGCGGGCCGAGCCCGACGGCGGUGCAGGUGGCGCGCGCCGCGGUGACCAACACCUCCAAGACGAGCUUCGGCGUCGUGGUGGUCAUCGACGACCCGCUCACCGAGGGCCCCGACCUCAACUCCUCCACCACGCCCCUCGGCCGCGCCCAGGGCACCUACAUCGCCGCCGGCAAGAACGAGGUGGCCAUGCUCAUGAACAUGAACUUCGUCUUCCAGGCCGGCACCUACAACGGCAGCACCGUCGCCAUCAUGGGCCGGAACCCGGUGUUCGACGCCGUCCGGGAGAUGGCCGUCGUCGGCGGCACCGGCGUGUUCAGGAUGGCGCGAGGCUACGCGCAGGCACGGACGCACACACUCGAUCUCAACACCGGCGACGCCACCGUCGAGUACAACCUCUACAUCAACCACUGAUCAUGCUUCCGAGUGCUCGGCGUUCGGCGAGCUUCCAAGUAGUAUCGGCUUUGAUUGUUAGCGAAUAUAUAUGAACGUCAAAUUCAUGGAGAAAAAUAAAACUAGAAUCAGCUUUGUGUUUUUCCCCAUUGCUGCUUUUGGUGAAAAAAUAAAAUGGUGUGAGAGCCUUGAAAGUAUAGCUGUAGCAUACUAAUCGAGAAGCAGUGUUCCUACU